CAACCAUGGACGGCGGCGAAGAAACAGAGAAGAAAAACGAAAGAGAAAAGAGCACUAAUAGUGAAGUACUCGAUACAGUCGGCAAAGUCAUCGCCACGAUCAAAGAAGCCAAAAACGUUGAUCAAGUUGUUUGCGCCCUCCACUCUCUCGCAGUCCGCCUUUUUCCUCUCGAUUCCCGCGCAUUCGCAGGUAGCAUUGACAAACAGUAUAGAGAUGAGGUUAUUGGAGCAGAAGUUCCUUCGGAACACGAAAGAGAUAACUGGUGGCAGGUGUUUUAUCGAAGUACCGCAUUUCCAACAAUGUCUAGAGUCUUGUUGUUUGAUGUUGCUUUGGAUUGGCUAACCUGUUUUCCCAUUUCUGCAAAGAAACAUUUGUAUGAUGUAUUCUUUUUAAGCGGUUGUGUCUCUGAGGUUGUACAAACUUUAGUUCCUUAUUUACAACAUCAGUCAAAUGGGGGACUUGAAACAAGCGUCUGCUCAAAUGCACAGAGAUUACUGGCACUAUGCUUGCUUGAAAAUGAUGGGGUGCUCCAGUUGGCUAGAGAAUUUUCUCAACACCCCGAAAACAUGAAUCUUGAGCAGCACAAGUCUGCAAUCUCUAAAGUGGCACAGCUUGUUACAUCUGUCCCUGACAAAGCACGAUUGGGAUCUUCUGUCUUACUUUCAUCACACUUAUACGUCAAAAGGAUUACAAUUCAACUCAUUCAGGGAGCAGAAGAAUGGGAGAAGAAGUGUUAUGAUGAAUCAACUAACUUUAGUAGAAGUGAUUUGGAUGGCUCUAUCCUAUUUAUUGGGGAUGCCUUCGCCCGUAUUUGUAGGCGCGGAUCUGCAGAUGUGCUGUUAAGUGAAGUGAUCCCACAAAUUGUUACUCAAGUUCGAAGUGUCUUGCAGCCAGGCAGUGAUUUGACUGUUUCUGAAGCGUUUAAAUCAAAGCCUGGUUUGCAGUAUUGGUCAAAAAUAAUGGAGGCAAUUAAAGAUUCAUAUGCUGUAGAAAGAAUAUCUGAGCAGCUUUUGCUAAAGCUAGCAACUCAAAAUAUUAAUGAUGUUGAAGGUUACUGGAUUCUUUGGUUGUUGUUCCACCGGAUUUAUGAGCGGCAAGCAUCAACCAGGUCCAUGUUUAUCGAAAGAUUUUUACUCUGGAAAGUGUUCCCCGUAUGUUGCCUGAAAUGGAUCCUGCAGUUCUCGGUUCUUCAGUGCCCUCCUGAUACUGCAUUCAAGAUCAAAAGUCAAAAGCAUUGCAAUAUAUUGGAUACCACACAGCGUCUUCUUGCAGUAUGGUCCAAGCGAGAGUUUGUGCAGUCAGCACCAGUAGAGCAACAAGCUUAUUUAACUGCAGCAGUUGGCCUUUCCUUAGAAAAGCUAAAAAAAGAAGAUUUAGAUGCUACCAAGGAUGCGAUGCACUUGAUUCUUCAAGGGGUUAGCUGUAGGCUGGAGAGCCCUUCUGAUUUGGUUCGCAGGAUGGCUAGCAGUGUUGCUCUAGUCUUUUCGAAAGUGAUUGACCCAAGCAACCCUCUGUAUCUUGACGAUAGCUGCAGAGAGGAGACUAUUGACUGGGAAUUCACAACAACCAAUACUGACAGGGAGGCAUUGGCAAUAUCAGAUGGCAAAGAAACGGAGAUAAACCAAGAUAAGGGCCAUAGUACAUUGGUAUCAGAAAAGGAUUGUAAAGACAAAAAGAACAAGAAAAAGCAUAAAGAGUUGAUGGAAUUAACCUUGGUUGAUCCAGAUGAGGUUAUUGAUCCUGCGAAAUUGAAUAACGAGGCUGCUUCGGAUGAAGAUACCAACAACGAUGACGACGACGAUGACGAUUCUGAGAUUUCUGAAACCUCCAGUGAAUCCUCUCUACAACCAUAUGAUUUGUCUGAUGAUGAUACUGACUUGAAAAAGAACUUUGCGCAGUUAAUUGAUAUUGUUGGAGCCCUAAGGAAGUCUGAUGAUGCAGAUGGUGUUGAAAGAGCUCUUGAUGUUGCUGAAAAACUUAUCCGUGCAGCUCCGGAUGAACUUUCAUUUAUAGCAGGUGAUCUAGUCAGAACGCUUGUUCAGGUCCGUUGCUCCGAUUCAACUUUGGAAGGGGAAGAAGAAUCAGCCGAAGAGAAGAGGCAAAAAGCACUAGUUGCUCUGAUCGUCAAUUGUCCGUUGGGAAGUCUAGAUCCAAUAAAUAAACUAUUAUAUUCACCUAACAUAGAUACCAGCCAGCGGAUAAUGAUUCUCGACGUCAUGACAGAUGCAGCGCUGGAGCUCGCUCAUGCAAGAACCAGUAGGCAAAAACAACCAUCAAGAACCCAAAUAUGGACUACUGCCGAGACUAAACCAUGGUUCUUGCCAAGUAGCAUAGGACCUUCGGGUGCAAGCACCUGGAAAGAGAUAUCAGGAACCGAAUCUCCAUUGAGCUUGACACAGUCUUAUGAGAGGGAGCUCCCUGGCAAGCCAGGUCAGGACAGGAGAGGAAAGUCACGGCGGUGGAGCCGCAAAUCAACGAACGUGCUACAAGAUAAUCAGCUGGAAUGGUCCCAGAAUAAGUUCCCUCCAUUCGCAGCUGCUUUUAUGCUUCCAGCCAUGCAGGGAUUCGACAAAAAAAGACAUGGCGUAGACUUUCUUGGCAGGGACUUUAUCGUCCUUGGAAAACUUAUCCACAUGCUCGGUACUUGUAUGAAAUGUUCCGCCAUGCAUCCUGAAGCAUCUGUUUUGGCACUCCCUUUACUGGAUAUGUUGAGUUCCAGGGACAUAAGUCAUCAUGCAGAAGCAUAUGUUCGUAAAUCUGUCCUUUUUGCCGCAUCAUGCAUAUUGGUGGCUCUUAAUCCUACUUUUGUAGCAUCUGCACUGGUUGAAGGAAGUAAUGAAAUAUCUAGAGGGUUGGAGUGGGUUCGCACGUGGGCUCUCUCUGUAGUGGAAUCAGACACUGAUAAAGAAUGCUACAUGAUGGCAAUGGCUUGUCUUCAACUUCACUCCGAAAUGGCCCUCCAAACAUCCAGAGCAUUGGAGUCAUCAGAUAGCAUAGUCCAAACAAGAGGCAUAAAUCUUCCAUCAAAUCUGUUGAAAGGGACAAUCAGAAUUCCUCUCUAAUAUGUCAGAAAAUACUGGUGUAACGGCUCUGCAUCUAUUUGUUCUCAUUACGCUUUGCUUUCUGAAAUUCUUUUUAGCCGUGCGAAAUUUGCUGUCAUCAUUGUACAUAUGGAGUUGCAUCAUGCAUGAAGUUCAUAGGCUUGGGGUAUGAAAGUAUAAAUACCCAUUAGAAGGGGAAAAAAUGUAAGUGUUUCUUGCAUGUUUUAUUUAACAUUGUAAUUGACUCUAAUGGAUGUGUGCAUUUAUCAGGACUUUUAUCUUUUUUUUUCUUCGGAAAA